AUGAGCAGAUUGUCCCUAAAGCUCGUCUCCUUCUUCCUCUGCGCUCUGAUUGCACCUAAUCUCUCGGGAAUUCUAGAUGAAGAUGCUUUGCUGCCAGCACCUCAGAAUAUCUCUAUUAUUUCUACCAACAUGAAACAUUUCUUAACUUGGAGUCCUGUGACCAUCCAAGGAGAAACUGUGAGAUACUCCGUUGAGUUUCAAGGGGAGUAUGAACGAGAAUAUGCCAAUGAGAGCUGGAUCCCCAUCUGUGAGUGUUCCCUCAUCACAGCCACAAUAUGUAACAUCACAGAGGAUAUCUCAGCCACUGUGCCCUAUAACCUGCGUGUGAGGGCAGAUGUUGGCACUCGAAGAUCAGAGUGGGGCACCUUGAAAGGUUUCUUCAACCGCAUCACAACUUACCUGACCCCACCUCAGAUGAAGAUCAUAGUAGACGGGUAUCAUUUAUUAGUGGAGCUGGAAGACAUGGGACCCGCCUUUCAGUUCUGUGUUCUCUAUUGGAAGAAAGGCCAGGAGAGUAGGACGAAGCAGAAGAUGGUGAAAGAGAUCGGCUCCACGCUUCACCUGGACACCAUGGAGGCAGGAAAUGACUAUUGCGUAAAAGCUCAGACGUAUGUAGAGGCCAUCAACAGAAGCAGCAGCUUCAGCCAGAUGCAGUGCGUGAGUGCAGAAGGUGGCAAGUCCGUGUGGCUCAUUACUGCCCUCAUCUCUUCUGCCAGCUUUGCUAUGGCGGCUUUGACCCUGCCUUUCCUUGCCUGGAAAACAAGUAAAAUCUUUCAGGAUUCCUGUUGCCCCAUUGUUGUCCUGCCAGACACACUGAAAGUAUCAGAGCCCUCCACGCAGCUGAUACUGUGUGGGAGUGAAGAGGCUGAACACUGUGAUCUGAUGGUGCAUGUGAUGCCCUCUGAAGAGAUUCUCCGACUGUGGAUUCAAGAAACACUUUAG